GUGGCAGCAAGCAAAAUAACCCCACCAAAGAAAGUUGUGAAUACAACAACGCCGUGCCGUCUGCUCUGCUGCAUUGCACUCGUCGUAGCUACUGUACCAAAUAGUGCUGCGCGCCACUACCACUCUUGCUAGUCAAUCGGAGUGUACCUGAUCCCCGAGCGGCUGCUUCGUCUACAGCUACACCGCCACCCUACUGCAGGUCGCUGUUCAGCUAAAGCCGCAGGACAUUACACCUUUUCUUUUAACCGCUGACCACACUGUCCUCUCCUCAUCAAGAGAGGCAAUUGUCUAGUCCAAGAACCUGUCAUUAUGGGUGAACCCGUCAGAAUUAGCAUCCUUGGCCAGGAUAGCAUCGUCGUCGACAAUGGCCUCUGGCCAAACUUCAUUGUGAAAGACCUCCUCGACAACAUUCCUUCAUCGACCUACGUCCUCAUUACCGAUACCAACCUCCACAACCACUAUGUCCCUCAGUUCGAGCAACAAUUUGCUGCGGCCGCGGGCCCCAAUGCUCGGCUAUUGACCUACACAAUCCCCCCGGGCGAAGCCUCGAAAAGCAGAGAGACAAAGGGCGAGGUGGAAGACUGGAUGCUCUCUCAGAAAUGCACGCGCGACACCGUCAUCAUUGCCCUCGGCGGUGGUGUCAUUGGAGACAUGAUUGGAUAUGUCGCCGCUACUUUCAUGCGAGGCGUCCGCUUUGUCCAGGUCCCAACAACAUUGCUUGCCAUGGUCGACUCAUCGAUUGGUGGCAAAACCGCCAUUGACACUCCCAUGGGGAAGAAUCUUGUCGGCGCUUUCUGGCAACCGCGGCGCAUCUUCAUAGACAUGACUUUCCUCAACACACUUCCUGUUAGAGAGUUCAUCAAUGGCAUGGCUGAAGUCAUUAAAACUGCUGCCAUCUGGAACCAGGAAGAGUUCGCCGUCCUCGAACAGUCUGCUACAGAAAUCCUCGCUCGCGUUCGAUCGUCUGAUAAGGACAGGCUUGUUCCUAUCCACGAUACACUCAAGCGCAUUGUCACUGGUUCGGCUCGUGUCAAGGCGGAGGUAGUGUCCAGCGACGAAAGAGAGGGCGGCCUACGCAACCUUCUCAACUUUGGCCAUUCUAUUGGUCACGGCAUAGAAGCCAUUCUCACACCCCAACUACUUCAUGGAGAAGCCGUUGCUAUCGGUAUGGUCAAGGAAGCUGAGCUUGCGCGUUACCUUGGCGUACUCCAACCUGGAGCUGUUGCCCGUCUUUCCAAGUGUAUUGCCGACUACGGCCUGCCAGUGUCCGUUGAAGAUAGCCGUGUUGUAAAACUCACGGCGAGUAAGGCCUGCCCUGUCGAUGUCGUGCUCGAGAAAAUGGGCGUGGACAAGAAGAACGACGGCGCCAAAAAGAAGAUUGUGCUUCUUUCCGCCAUAGGCAAAACCUACGAACCCAAGGCCACCGUCGUAGCCGACCAAGACAUUCGAACGAUCCUCUCUCCUUCCGCCAUUGUAAACCCCGGUGUUCCUAGCUCACUCAAUGUCACCGUGACGCCUCCUGGUUCAAAGAGCAUCUCGAACCGUGCUCUCAUUUUCGCCGCACUUGGAUCUGGCCCCUGCCGUGUUAAGAACCUUCUUCACUCGGACGAUACAGAAUACAUGCUCACAGCGAUUGCACAGCUAAAGGGCGCAUCUUACACCUGGGAAGAGAACGGCGAGGUCCUCGUCGUGAAUGGAAAUGGUGGCAAGUUGACAGCAACGGAUAAAGAUAUUUACAUUGGUAACGCUGGUACGGCUUCGCGCUUCCUGACCACAGUCCUUGCCUUGGCUUCUUCUACCGACUCUGCCAAGUCUACCAUCCUCACAGGAAAUUCGAGAAUGAAGAUUCGUCCCAUUGGACCAUUGGUUGACGCUCUUCGCCUGAAUGGCGUGUCGAUAGAUUACUUGGAAAGUGAAAAAAGCCUACCACUGCGCAUUGGCGCUGCUGGUGGCUUCGAGGGCGGCGUUAUUGAGUUAGCAGCCACAGUCUCCUCUCAAUAUGUUUCUUCCAUUCUUAUGGCUGCACCCUACGCCAAGAAACCCGUUACACUGAAACUUGUUGGUGGAAAGCCCAUUUCACAGCUUUACAUUGACAUGACUAUCGCCAUGAUGAAGUCGUUUGGUAUCGUUGUAUCCCCCUCCACUACCGAGGAGAAUACCUAUCACAUUCCCCAAGGUGCUUACAAAAACCCUGCGGAGUAUGUUGUGGAGAGUGAUGCUAGCUCUGCUACGUACCCUUUGUCCGUUGCCGCCAUCACAGGUACCACGUGCACUAUUCCCAACAUUGGAUCAGCCUCUCUGCAAGGCGACGCUCGCUUCGCUGUUGAGGUUCUCAAGCCUAUGGGCUGCACUGUAAAUCAGACAGAAAACUCCACAACAGUAACAGGUCCAAAAAUCGGCAACUUGAAGCCUAUUCCUCACGUCGACAUGGAGACAAUGACCGACGCUUUCCUUACCGCUACCGCAUUAGCAGCAGUCUGCCCCGGCAAGACCCAGAUCACCGGAAUCGCAAACCAAAGAGUCAAGGAGUGCAAUCGAAUUGCAGCUAUGCGAGAGCAGCUUGACAAAUUUGGCAUUCAGUGUCUCGAGCUUGACGAUGGCAUCGAAAUUCUUGGAAAGCCACUCUCAGAGCUCAAGGCUCCGUCCAAGACUAUCCACUGCUACGACGACCAUCGCGUAGCCAUGAGUUUCAGUGUUCUUUCAGUUGUUGCCCCUCAACCUGUUAUCAUUACUGAAAGGGAAUGCACGGGCAAAACUUGGCCAGGAUGGUGGGAUGUGCUCUCUCAGUCAUUCAAGGUGUCUCUUGACGGCACAGAGAGAGACGACGAUGCUCACAGAGAUAUUGAUGCUGCCCCCUCGCUUGACGAACGCUCCAUUUUUGUGGUGGGUAUGCGAGGUGCUGGCAAAACUACGACUGGCAACUGGAUUGCGAAGACGUUGGGUUGGGAAUUCAUCGAUCUGGACCAGGAGUUGGAGAAGCGCUCUGGUACCACCAUUCCUGAAAUGAUUAAGGGCUCUGCUGGUUGGGAGGGCUUCCGUAAGGAAGAGCUUAACCUUCUCCGGGACGUAGCGCAAAAGCAGGGCACCAAGCAUGUCUUUUCAUGUGGUGGUGGCAUUGUGGAAACGCCUGAGGCAAGAGACCUGCUCACUGCUUACACUAAAGCAGGCGGCAAAGUUCUUCUCGUUCAUCGCAACACCGAUGAAGUUGUGGAGUACCUCAUGAAGGACGAAACACGUCCAGCAUACACGACUGAAAUCCGUGAAGUGUACGAGCGCCGUAAGCCCUGGUACGACCUCUGCAGCAACUACACCUACUACAGCUCCCAGUCCAGAAUUCCUAACAACGCCGAGAUUCCCGCUGAGUUCAGUCGAUUCGUCUCGCAACUCUUUGGAAAGUCUGACCAUCUUGGUGCUGCCCUUGGCAAGGAGGAAAGCUUCUUCGUCUCGUUAACGAUGCCGGACAUUCAAAGUGCGGCCGAGCUGAUUCCCCAAGUGUCCGUUGGAGCUGAUGCUCUUGAGCUUCGUGUUGACUUGCUCAAGGAUCAGAGCAAUGACUCCAUUGUGGAGCAAGUAUCUCUUCUCAGACAACUAAGCGAUUUGCCCAUCAUCUACACUGUUCGCACGAAGUCCCAGGCCGGUCAGUUCCCCGACGACAACUCUGCGCGCCUCUUGGAGCUCUACCAGCUAGGCCUUCGAUUAAACGUUGAGUAUCUUGAUCUGGAAAUCUCUCAGGACACCGCCGUCCUCGAAGCCGUCUCAGAUGCUCGCGCCUCGACUAAGAUUAUCACCUCACACCACGAUCCCGAGGGCAAGCUCACCUGGCGCAACGCCUCGUGGGUGGCUCACUACAACCGUGCUAUCCAGUACGGUGAUAUUGUCAAGCUCGUUGGUAUGGCAAAAACUAUGGAGGACAACUUUGACCUUGCCCGCUUCAAAACCAACAUGGUGGAGGCUCGCAAGGUGCCCAUCAUUGCCCUCAACAUGGGCGAGGUUGGCAAGCUCAGCCGCAUUCUCAACGGCUUCCUUACUCCCGUUUCUCACCCAGCACUGCCCUUCAAGGCGGCGCCUGGCCAGCUCAGUGCUGCUGAAAUCCGCCAAGCUCUCAGCCUGCUAGGCAACUCGACAAGGCAAGAAUUCUACCUCUUUGGAAAGCCCAUUUCCCAAUCCCGAUCACCGGCACUACACAACGGGCUCUUCCGUAUGAACGGUUUGCCUCAUACCUACGGCCUCCUUGAAACUGAUGAUGUCGCGGAUGUCCAGAGCGUGCUCGCAGACUCCAGUUUCGGCGGCGCGUCCGUCACUAUCCCCCUCAAGCGAGACAUUAUGGAUAGACUUGAUGAGCUAACUCCUGCUGCAAAGACCAUAGGCGCUGUUAACACCAUCAUCCCCACGCCGACCACCGAAGGGGGCAAGAGGAAGCUUGUCGGCGACAACACGGAUUGGAUCGGUAUGGUGUACGCCUUGCGCAACGAAGGCGUCACGCAGGCGACGGACGGCCAGUCGGGCGCCGUCGUCGGAUCAGGAGGAACAACCCGCGCAGCCAUCUUUGCCCUCAAAUCGCUGCAGUACAGCCCCAUCUACAUUGUUGGGCGCAACCCGGAAAAUGUCGAUUCUCUCAUUGCCGAGUUCCCUGCCGACUACAACCUGGUAUCGCUGGCUGGUUCUGCGUCGGCGGCAGACGAGGUGUCGUCUCUGCCAACUGUCAUUAUCAGCACGAUUCCAGGCGACAAGCCGAUUGAUGCGGACAUGACAACAACGAUAACCAAGGUGUUGCAGGGAUUCAAGAAGCCCGGGCAGUCUUGCGUGCUCUUGGAAAUGGCGUAUAAGCCCAGCGUUACUGAAAUUAUGAAGCUAGCCCAGUCGGCUGGCAAUUGGACCACCAUCCCUGGGUUGGAAGUUCUUGCUUCGCAAGGAUGGUACCAAUUCCAGCUCUGGACUGGUAUUAAGCCUCUUUACACGGAUGCUCGCAAGCUAGUCCUAGGCGAGCUCUGAGAAAGGGCGUCUAACAGGUAAAAGCAACAAAAAAAAGCAGAUUUGUUUACGUCACGGUUUCGUUUUAGAUUUGAAAAAUAUUAUUGAUGUCAUUUUAAUAAAUUCUACGUAUUCACUAAGACCCAUGUUGCGUUCCAUGACGACAGACGUGCUCAUCACGAUCCAUAAGAAGACGUCACACAUUUCAUCACGAAGAGACUUGCAAGUGCAAAAAGUUUGAUGGAGCAAAUUAUCAUGUGAAAUUUGGAUGGGGGGAAUCGAAGCCACGCUUGGGUGGCAAGGAGACUAUGCUACAUAAAAAGGUAUUGUACAUAAAAAAUCGUUGUUUUGUCUAUAAAGCCCAGCCUCAAUACCUGUACGCGUCUUGCGCGUUAUGCAACCCCGUGUAACGCCAUGCAUAAAAUACCAAGAAGAAAAAGACAAGACUAGGAAAAGGUACCAAAUCGCUAUAUCAUUACUGCCGAUCCGAAAAAGAGCGAUCGGCGCUCCAAAAAAGAAACAAGGACGCUGCGUAUAAUAUUUCGAGGGGAAGAGGGGGGGGUGUGAAAGGUGGAUGUCAAGCCAUUAAAAGACAAGCAAGCGGUUCAACGUGAGAGAGAAAAUAGAAACAAGCUGGCAGGCACGCCAUGCCAUGCAGCCGACUCAAGGAGCAUAGAGAGGAAAGAAUCUUUGACGUUGCAAAAAGUACGACGCAGCCAAUGACGCAAGGGCAAGUAAUCGGUUUGAGCGGGGUUUGGUGGUGGUAGUGGUGGUGCCAAGCGGUGCUACUGAUGCAGUCCAAAGUGCGGCAGCCAUCAGUGCUCUCUCUCUGGUCCAAACGAUCCGCGGAAGAGCCCAUUGCGUCCCUCUACCUCAUACCUCAUAUUGAGGUGGCAGUGAGUUGCAUGAGACGCGGACCAGCCAAGAUAAUUGCCGCAACGGUAACACCAUGGAUUCCGGCUCUUGUUUCAAGAAGCAACAAGCCACACAUCCGCAGCGCCCAAUCAAGGUUCAUCUCCCACGGCAGGGUACGACACUGCCAAAACGGCAGGCCGCCCAGGCGAUGCUGCGUAGUGAGCGUGUGAGUGAUGUCAGUUGGGCGAGGGAGGGUGGGUCAUAGACCUUGCCAGUGACGUCACCGGCAUAUCUUUCUCUGGACCCUGCAGCAAAUGCGGACCCACUUGUCGGCCAUCCAUUGGUCCGAUGGCCAACAAACCAGUCCCCCCCUCGCAUCCCAAGUCGUCAAAGACAGACAGUUCUUCGUAGCCCCACGCCCAACGGGUGCUGGGGGGAGGACCCUGGAUUUUCGAGAAGCCACCAGAGUCAGCGGCUUAGACAGCUCGUCGACGCUGCUUGCCGGGAAGGUCGACCUCAGGGUGGCAGACACGGUAGUGUCUGGUGAGAGCGUCGGCACGGCUGAAGGACUUUUCCUCGGUGCACAGGUCGCAGCGGACCUUCAUCUUGCGUGCGUUGUGAAUCGUAUCUUCAUGGCGGGUGAGAUCGUAAGGUCUCGAGAAGAUGGACUGACACGGCUUGCCGGUGCUGGGGUUGAUGCGGUCGCAGCGAUGAGGCCCAGCCUGAGUGUUGAGAGCGCCGGGUACGUUGCUGUUUUCCUGGACGCUGGAACCAUGCCCGUUCUGUUGCUGGCGAUGGCCCUCACGCUUGUGCUUCUGAAGCAGUGCAGGGCUCUCAAAACGGAGCGUGCAUCCGUGAUAUGUGCAUGUGUAUGUGCCUCCAUCGGCAGCAACGUUGGCUGGCUUUGUAAUAGAAGCCUCUGACGCUACAGACUUGCGUGGUGCGGUAACAGGAGCGGGUGCUGGCGCCAAAGGAAGUGAGAUGGGAUGGCGCUGCUCGUCUGUAGGGCGUGGAACAAAGGGAUACUGCUGAGGGAUGCGGUUGUCAUAGGAGACUUGAGAGUUGGUAAAGUCAUCCAGUCUGGCAGGCAUCAUCAAGUUUCCAAGCUGGCCAAAGUCAAACGAUGCUGAUGAUGGCUGAGAGAAGAGUGGAAAGUUGUUGCCGUCAUCGUUAAAGUCAAGCAAGGCAUCCUUGGGCGAUAUCGUCUUUGGAGUAUCCAUGUUGUCAGCGGAGCCCUGCAGAGAAAAGUUUGACUGCUGCUGUUGCUGUUGCUGCCUAAGCAUGUUGGCCUGCUGAGUAGACCCCAGCUGUGUUGGUGCCGCAAAUGGAGACAUGGCUUGGUAGGGUGACAGGCGAGACGUUGAAGAUGAUGGCGAUUGUCCCGUGCUCAGAUGCUGGUUGGCAGCAGCGCUGAUGCACUGGUUAAAAAUUUGGCUGCUGGGCGACGUGGCUGUAUGAGACAUGGUUGGCGAUGAAGAAAUAAUGGUGAAGUUGGGGCUGUAGAGCUCAUCGCCGUACACGUCGGUGAUUGACCGUUCCAACUUGGGAACGUUUCCGUAGGCAGCUGUCCAAAAUGGUGAGUUUUCAUUUUCUUGGUCAUCUUCAUCAUGCUUCUCCUGUCUCUGCGGAUUCAUACCUCUUCUUCGCUUGCCUGCCUGUUCACCUUCACCAGGCAUCGGUGUCAUGGGUGAGUCACCGGCGGCGGAGCUGGCUGCUGAAGCUGGAUGGGAGCGUUUUUGGCGGUGGCCCAUCUCAGGUGCUGGUAAAAGGCUGCGAUCAAAUCUGGCCUUGCCGUUGAUAGUUGUCGGAGCGGCAAAGCUAAAGUCCUGGACGCCUUCAAGGUCGUGGAAGGCAUCAAAGGCGGCCGCGGCCUUGGCACCGGGAUAGUAAAAGGCAGCGCCCUGGUUUGCCGUCAUGUCGGCGACCUGUACGUCGUGGAGGCCGUCGAUGGGGACGUCGGUGAUGGCGAUGUGUGGGUUCGAGGAGUUUUGUGCGUAUGGCGAAGCAGGGCCGAUGGAACCCAUGGAGGAGAGCGAAGACUCGCGCUGGUGGGAGCGGCCUGGAGCAAACUGGGUGAAGAUGCCACCAGCGUCCGACUGCAUGGCUGCGUCGUCCAAGUCUCUGGAUUCGGCGUCAAGGAAGUCCCAGUUUCCCAAGUCUGGUUGUGAGGCAGCCCACUGGUCGAUUUGCAAGUCUAGUGUCGGCUCCAGCGUGUCGAGCGUGGUGGUGGUAUGGCUUGGUGACGACUGUGUAAGAGUUGCUGUACUAGUAGCGGUAGUAGUGUUGUUGUUUGUUCUGUUGUUGAUGUUGAUGUAGUGAGGAGAGUUGAUGUUUUGCUGAUCGUCUACUGAAAUAUAUCGAUGAGCAGCUAUCAUAGUCGAGUGUUAAGGUUGAAUCUAGGAACGUUGGAUGGUGGCGAAAAUCGAGGGACUCAAACGCUUAAGUAGGCCGGGAUGAGCGGGCCAAGUGGUGGGCGUGUCGAUAAUCAACCCAGAGGAUGUUUACGCAAGGGCCCCACUUUAGCCGACGUCAUUGGCCAGCAGUCCAUGGAAGCGUCUAGUUACACACCUAGCCUAUUGCAAAUCAAGUGCUCUAGGCUGGCUGCUCGCUGUAACUGGGCCCUCCGGAAGAUCGAGACG